GCACCUGAAUACAGAUGAAUCCCUUGAUGAAGUUCUUGACAUUUCAUGUCCGGUGGGACGGUUCAGCAGUCCUAGAAACCCACGUGAUGACCCCGGCAUCUCUGAUAGUAACAAUGAAAUGUCCCAGUCAGAGCUUCCAGACAAUACUGUGCCAACCGAACGGCCUGACAUGUCACAGACAUUGCCCACAGAUGAGAGUGUCUCUACCGAACAGCCCGAGAUGUCAAAGUCCCCGCCUAAAACCACCCUUGCGUCUGAGGACGCUUUGCCAGGCGGACAGCUCGGAGGGUCUCAGUCAUCACCCUCAGACAACACUGUCUCUGAGGAAACUGCAUCUGUGUCCAAGGAGAGGGCAGACGUCGCAUGUGACAUGGAGGUUGUCGCGAGUACUGAACAGGGGAUCAUUGCCCAUGAGCAAGACGACGUAGCGAAUGCAAACUUUUUGCAAGAACAAGACACAGAUGCUGAGAACUAUCCCAGUUACACCACAUCAACCACAAGGAAUUAUGAAUGCAUUUCGCCCUUCAAUGAAGAUACACACAACUUAUAUACAGUCCCGGUUUUUCCGUACACAGCCAAUGCAACAGCCUCUGUAGAUACAAAUGAUCUGCAAAUAUUGGAGGAGAUUCUGCGUUUGAUCUCAGCAGGGCAGCAAGACCCUCAUCAACAAGAGGCUCAAACAUCCGUGGACAUGAAUUUUCCAAAUGACGUAGAGGGGCAGCAAACAGCCCAAACCCAAUGCCCUCAAGUCUACCAGCUACAGCAGCAGCAGCACCCUGUGCACUCACCAGGGCAGCAAGACCCCCAUCAACAAGAGGCUCAAACAUCCCCAGUCCAACCCCCCAUGAGUGCACACCCCAAUGUCAAUACGUACAUACACCAGCCAGUAAUACGUGAGUCAUUCAGAGUCCCCAUACCACCUCAAUGUGAUCCGGCUAGCAACUAUCAACGACACACACCGAACCCAUCGCAAGAGCACGCAGACCAGGGCACCUUGACCUCUGACACGCUGCUGAAUGCAGUGACACAAUUGGUCUUGUGUUCCACAUGUAAAAAAAUGUUCAACAGGGCCAUUAUAUGUGAUGCAUACCUGAUUGGGCGUAACAGGGCCAUACAAUGUCAGUGCCACUGUGUUACCUGCACAAUCUGUUACCGCAAUGGUCAACCAUGUAGGCUGUGCAAACUAAAACCAAAAAACGGUAUAGUGAGUACCACCGCAAACCGCCUCACCAGUUGCCCUGAUCUGGACAACUUGGGAGAUUGGGACCUUGAGCGCGAUAGCAAUGACCUGUUCAAGACCAACGAGGAAAUCAACGGACAUGUGCAGCAGAUCCUGACUCAGGGCCAAGCCCUCAGUAAGGAGGAUCUGGACCACGCGUUCGAGGCCCUUGUCCGAGAUGAAAAAGAGAGUAUGAGCUUCAAGUACUGGCCAAACAAAUCUAUGCCAAUGGACAUGGCCAACAAAUAUGUCUGCAUCUCUCACGUGCCCGGGUUUUGGGAUCGCGUUAUUGUGGCAACCCAUGCUCCACAAACAACGGAAGAUAUGAUUGGCCACGAUGACCACCUGCCAAAGUUGUUUGGUGUGGACCUCGGCUUCUACAGGUUUCACUGGUGCUGCUUUGUGUUGACAAAACAGAUAAUCUUGGCUAUGUGGUGCACUGUUACUGGCGAUGGGCAACCUAGGGUAGUCCCUCUGGUUGAUACCGAACUGAGAAGCUAUACAGAUACUCCAGAAUUCACACGUAUGGUGUUCUAUCUGCGUCAGUGGUUUACAGCUCAGUACACGUCACCUGCCAGGGAGCUCAAAGUGGUACUGGAUUGUAAGCCUUCACAAGGUUCUACUUUUGUUCAUUUUAUAGCUUACUUGGCUUCUAAGAUUGGAAUAAGAAGUGUGACUCCUAACGUCUCCCAGGUCAAGACAAAACAUGAUAUGAAUUACCAUCUGAACGUCAAGGUUGCAGACAACAUGUUCACCGACCCUGGUGUUCCAGAAGGUUUUUCUGUUAAUAUUGUUGAAGAGUUUGCCCUUCGUCACAAAAGAAAGGCCAAGGCUGUCAGCGUCCAGUGUGUUAACACCGAGAUGUUCACCACAUGGUAAAGGUUGUACAGUAAUUGUGAUUGUGAUACACCCCACAGUGUACUUUGUGCUUGCACUUUUGUUCAGGUGCAUCAAUGCGUCUUUUGAACUUUUAUUAUUACGUGUUUGUAGCUACACUGGUAGGUAUUAGUUGUCUGGGACCAGUGGUACGUUUUAAUUUUUUUUUGAUUCUGUACUUAUUGUAUUUUGAACUUUUUACGUGUACAAGAACUAUAUACCUCAGUUUUGCAAAAUAAACCUGGAGCCCGGA